AUGUGUAUCUUUGGUCGACGCAAGGACCUCAAGCUUGGGAGUCGAACAGACACGACCAUCUCGGUCACUGUCCCUCCUCGGAACCCGAACUUCACCUCUGUAGCGCCUAGCGCACACACCCUUACCCCCGAACAAAUCCUCGAGGAUCUUGGUGCCUCACCCAAUGACGGUCUUUCGAGAAAUGAGGCUGCCCGUCGCCUCGAGUCGUGCGGAGAGAAUCUGUUGCAAGGGAAGGGAGGCGUCUCGGCUUGGAAGGUGCUCUUUGGCCAACUGGCGAACGCCCUGACCAUGGUUUUGCUGGCAGCCCUGGCAUUGAGUUUUGGUGUUGAGGAUUUUGUUGAGGGAAGUGUCAUCGCCGCAGUCAUUGUUCUUAACACGACGGUUGGAUUUUUCCAGGAAUAUCGCGCUGAGAAGACCAUGGACUCGUUGCGACAACUCUCGUCACCCACAGCCUUUGUCAUUCGGAAUGGAGAAAGUAUUGCUAUCCCAGCCAAGAAUGUCGUACCUGGCGACCUUGUCCUUAUCAAAGCUGGAGACGUAGUUCCCGCCGAUCUGCGCCUGAUUACGGUGUCCAACCUUGAAAUUUCGGAACAUUUGCUCACAGGAGAAUCGGUGCCAGUGGCAAAGAAUACUGCAACUUUUGAAAGUGAAGACUUGGAUAUUCCGAUUGGUGACCGACUCAACCUAUGCUAUGCCUCUACGGUCGUCACAAAGGGUCGCGGAACUGGGGUGACGAUUGCCACCGCCAUGAAUACCCAGAUCGGUCGUAUCGCCAAUGUUCUUAGUGGGAAGACGGAUGCUUCUGGUGAACGUAUUCAUGACACGAGGCCGUGGUACGUUGUCUGGGUCAACGCAGUAUUAGAGUUCUUGGGGCUUCGGUCAGGAACUCCUUUACAGAUAAAGCUCGCGAGGCUGGCUUUCGUUCUACUUGGUUGCGCAGUCAUCUUGGCCAUCAUCGUGUUCUCGGUUGCGCGAUGGGCAAUCACCGACGAAGUCGCCCUCUACGCCAUCGCAGUAGCCAUCGCCAUCAUUCCUGAAUCACUCAUUGCUGUCUUAACGCUGACUAUGGCCGUCGGGACAAGACGCAUGGCCAAAGAGAACGUCAUCGUUCGCAAAUUGGAUGCCCUCGAAAGUCUGGGCGGCGUGACCGACAUCUGCAGUGAUAAAACAGGUACUCUGACAUUAGGCAAAAUGUCUGUUCGGAAAUUCUGGCUUGCCGGAGAUCCCAACAAGUCUGCAGAAUUCACUGCAGAAACUACCCAGGACGCUUUGCAACCCGUCGGCAUCGUUCGCAGAGAUAGCGAUCGCUCUGUCCUCGAAGCGGAGUCUGUCAAAGAAGGAUUGGCAAGGGCAGUUCGUGUCGCUUCACUUUGCAACGUCGCAACUAUCCACAAGAACUUGAAGGGCGAGUGGAAGUCCACUGGUGAUCCAACUGAGGUGGCUCUCCAAGUGUUCGCCUCCAAAUUAAAACUCGGACGCUCCAACUUGACGGCCCAAGCCGCUGAACUUGAAGAUCGUCCAAGGGGACGCCCAGCUCUUGGUCAGAUCAUUGAGGGUGGAGAGAAGGACGGGGUUCAUUUCCAGGAUGACGCUUCUAAGAAACAGCCCAAGAGAUUUGAGGCUGAAGUUGAAUUCCCCUUCUCCAGCGAGUUGAAGCGUAUGACGACAGUUUUCAAAGACAACGAGAACGAAAAGGAGCGAUUGGUCCUCAUCAAGGGUGCUGUUGAACGCAUUCUCGACGCAUCCGUCGCCUAUGUACCAUCACCUGAAGAGGAGCCCGAUAAGACGUCCCCUUUGACGCAGGAAAUCAGGAACACCUUCAUGGUCAAAGCCGAGGAACUGGCAUCUCACGGUCUUCGUGUCAUCGGAUUAGCGUCACGCACCAUCCCUGAGGAAGCUACGAAAGAUCUAUCUCGGGAGGAUGCUGAAAAGGAUUUCAUCUUCCGCGGACUGGCCGGUAUCUUUGACCCCCCGCGACCAGAAACGUUAGGCGCUGUCAGGGCUUGCAAGCAAGCAGGAAUUGUGGUGCACAUGCUGACCGGUGAUCAUGUAACGACGGCAAGGGCUAUCGCCGAGGCUGUGGAAAUCAUUUCGCUUGAUGCUCCCGCCAGUGCUGUCAUGACGGCGACUGAGUUCGACAAGCUGACAGAUGCGGAGAUUGAUGCGUUGCCGGAAUUACCCCUUGUUAUUGCCCGCUGCGCCCCGGAAACUAAAGUUCGAAUGAUCCAUGCGGGCAAGCGUCGUGGAAAGCAUCUGUCCAUGUCUGGAGAUGGUGUCAAUGAUUCACCCGCUCUCAAACUUGCGCCAGUGGGAAUUGCUAUGGGCAUGGCAGGAUCUGACGUCGCCAAAGACGCCUCAGAUCUUGUUCUAACGGACGACAACUUCAACUCCAUCGUGGUGGCAAUCAGCGAAGGUCGCCGCUUGUUUACGAACAUUCAGCGAUUCAUCUUGCACCUGUUGACGACCAAUGUCGCUGAAGUCGUCCUUCUGAUCGUCGGGCUUUGUUUCCUGGACGGACUUAACAGGAGUGUCUUCCCUCUCAGCCCGAUCGGUGUUCUCUGGGUUAACAUGCUCACAAGUUCACCCCCUGCGUUCGGUCUCGGUUUGGAAAAGGCAUCGUCAGAUCUCAUGAGACGGCCACCUCAUAACAUUAAAGAUGGUGUCUUCUCAUGGCCUGUUAUCCUUGACUGCCUGGCUUACGGAAUAGUUAUGGGUGGAACAUCCUUGUUGAGUUUCGUUAUCGUUGUCUAUGGCAAGAACGGCGGAGAUCUUGGUCAGGAAUGCAACCACAGCGCAACUGAAAUCUGCAACACCGUCUUCAGGGCACGAUCCACCACCUUUGCCACCUUGAUUUUCACCAUCUCUAUAUAUGGGCUAGAGCUUAAGUCUUUCGAUCGAUCUCUGUUCUCCCUUACCCCUGGUCGGUUCUUCAUGAAAGAUCUCCUCGCUAACCCCGUCCUGUUCUGGUCGGCGAUCGGUGGUAUGGUCAGCGUAGUUUUACCGAUUUACAUCCCCACAUUCAACACUCGUGUCUUCUAUCAAAGCGGCAUAGGCUGGGAAUGGGGAAUCGUGGUUGGCAUGUCCAUCGUCUUCUUGUUAUGGUGUGAAGUCUGGAAGUUCAUCCGACGCCCGCUGUACAAGAGAUGGACUCCUCCGAUCAUUCCCCCUCUCACGUCCAGUGACGAUUCAAUCGCGGAGAAGCCUCACAACGGCGUCUAA